AUGCAGCUUUCCGCCCUCCUCUCGUCCCUCUCCCUUUUGGGAGCCGCGUUGGCGGUCCCGGACGACACUCGGCCCUUGGAAGACAGGGCCGCCAAGACCGCGACCGUCGUCCUCGACACGGCGACCGUCGUCGGGAACGUCAUGAACAAGGUCGAGUCCUUUGGCGGGAUCCCCUACGCCAAACCGCCCACCGGCCCGCUCCGGCUGAAGCCCCCCGUGCGCCUGACCGGGAACAUCGGCACCUUCGACGCCACCGGCCCCGCCGCCGCCUGCCCGCAGAUGAUCACCUCCUCCGACAACCAGAACGUCCUCCUCGACCUUUUGGGAGACAUCGCGAACCUGCCCUUCGUCCAGAAGGCAACGGGUCAGACCGAGGACUGCCUCAGCAUCACCGUAGCCCGUCCCGAGGGCACCAAGGCUGAUGCGAAGCUGCCCGUCCUCUACUGGAUUUUUGGAGGUGGCUUCCAGCUCGGAUGGUCCUCCAUGUACGACGGCACCAGCCUCGUCCAGCAAAGCGUCGACAUCGGCAAGCCCUUCAUCUUCGUCGCCGUGAACUACCGCGUCGCCGGUUUCGGCUUCAUGCCCGGCAAGGAGAUCCUCGCCGACGGGUCCGCCAACCUCGGCCUCCUCGACCAGCGGAUGGGCCUCGAAUGGGUCGCCGACAACAUCGCGGCGUUCGGCGGCGACCCGGCCAAGGUCACCAUCUGGGGCGAGUCCGCCGGCGCCAUCUCCGUCUUCGACCAGAUGGCCCUGUACAACGGCGACAACAAGUACAAGGGCAAGGCCCUCUUCCGCGGCGCCAUCAUGAACUCGGGCAGCCUCGCGCCCACGGAUCCCGUCGACUGCCCCAAAGGCCAGGCCGUCUACGACAAGGUCGUCGCCGAGGCCGGCUGCAGCGGCAGCGCCGACACGCUCAACUGCCUGCGCGAGGUCGACUACACCACCUUCCUCAACGCCGUCACCUCCCUCCCCGGCAUCCUCUCGUACAACUCCAUCGCGCUCUCCUACCUGCCCCGCCCGGACGGCCGGACCCUCACGGCGAGCCCCGACGUCCUCGCCAAGAACGGCCAGUACGCGGCCGUGCCCAUGAUCAUCGGCAACCAGGAGGACGAGGGCACCCUCUUCGGCCUGUUCCAGGCCAACCUCACCUCCACCGACAAGCUCGUGUCGUACCUCAAGGACUACUUCUUCGCCGGCGCCACCGAGGACCAGCUCCGCGCCUACGUCGACACCUACGACGACGGCCUGCUGAGCGACAUCCUCAACGGCAGCCCGUUCCGCACCGGCCUCUUCAACGAGAUCUUCCCGGGCUUCAAGCGCCGCUCCGCCGUCCUCGGCGACCUCGUCUUCACCCUCACCCGCCGCUUCUUCCUCAAGCUCGCCAUCGCCGCCCACCCGGACGUGCCCUCGUGGUCCUACCUCGCCUCCUACAAUUACGGCACCCCGAUCCUCGGCACCUUCCACGGCUCCGACCUCAUCCAGGUCUUCUACGGCAUCAAGGACAACUACGCCGCCCGCAGCAUCCGCACCUACUACACCAACUUCGUCCACGCCCUCGACCCCAACGUGGGGUCCAACGGCCAGUACCCCAACUGGCCCAAGUGGUCCCAGGGCCAGAACCUGAUCCAGUUCUUCGCCGACAAGGCCGGCAGCCUGAAGGACGACUUCCGGCAGGCCAGCGCGGACUGGAUCGUGAACAACGCGGCGAGCCUGCACCUGUAG